AUGCUUUGUUUAACGACAUCAACAACGAAUUGGCUUCGCUUUUGCACACCACGACUCUUAGAGACAGACGCACCGGCGACGAUGAAGAAUACAAUGAAGAGCGUUUGCCUAUUCAAAAUCAUCAUUCCAAUACUCAUGCUCCAUUUCACGUGGUAUGUAGAAAGUCUAAGGUCGGAUAGAGGGGAAUUUAAGAUGCCCCUACAACGUGAAGUUCCACCGAUUACUCCACCUUUGAUGCCUUCUAGACUUUCCAAUCCUCGAACGAGUCUUAAAUCCCUUCGUUUUGGUACGCCAAUUUCUUCAGAGAGGAAGAUCGAGAAGGAUGAAGAAUAUGUUGAUGAAAAUGAGAACGAACCGAUUGGGGUCUUUCCCACCACUCCCCACUUGAAGUCUUUCUCAGAAUUCUCACGUGACAGCGUCGAUAUGGCGACCUCGAGGCCGCUGCGGCGACCGUUCACUCUAGUCACUUCUAAUUUCGAGAACGAUUCGAGGCUAACCGCGCUUCCAACGUUCGCCGAUCUGUGCCCAAAGUCGGUCAAUAACUGCACCGCUUCAACUAAUCUACUUGGUAGGAGCUAUUAA